CCCACCCAAAGUACUGAAACUGGUAACUACUGCCCUUUCUUCUUAUUCAGACUCUUUACUCGCGAUACGGACUUCGUCAUCGGUUCAACAGAUUACGACUUCAAGGGUUCAUCCAAAAACCCUAAGCAGGCACUAAACUAUACUCUAAUCCGUCGACAGUGUUUUACUUCCGUUGAUUUGAUUCGAGAUGAGUCGGCCGAUGGAGGAGGAUGUCACAGCCAAGAAUGAGGAAGAGGAAUUCAACACUGGGCCACUCUCUGUUCUGAUGAUGAGUGUUAAAAAUAACACACAGGUACUUAUUAACUGCAGGAAUAACAAAAAACUUCUAGGCCGGGUGAGAGCCUUUGAUCGGCACUGCAACAUGGUGCUGGAAAAUGUUAGAGAGAUGUGGACUGAGGUGCCAAAGACUGGAAAAGGCAAGAAGAAAGCUCAUCCGGUCAACAAAGACAGGUUUAUUAGCAAGAUGUUUCUCCGAGGAGAUUCGGUGAUCAUUGUCCUCAGAAACCCCAAGUGAGAGAUACUGGAACUCUGGAGUUUACCAUGUGGUGAGAAAAGCGUCUGGCUGUUGAAUUGAGUUACUUUCUUUGUGGUAGAAUUCUAUGCCUGUCCUUAAAGCACUUGUUCUGUUGAACUUGACGAAAACUUGUUUUUAACUUCAAACCUUGGUCUCUUACUGCGCAAUUUUUAUAGAACACCAUCGUAUGAUCAAUUCGUCUGAGCACAAACAACUUGAUUACCUGAUUCGAUCUAUUUUCAUGAAGUGAAUAUUUACUGUUUUUAA